UUUCAGACAAUACCAUCCCUCUCCCUCUCUCUCUCUCUGUGGAGGAAGGAGAUGGAGAAGCUAUGAAGAUUCAUGUUAAGAGACCAUGCAGCUCACACACUACAAAGACUUGGGCUCCUGCAGCGACCUGCUGUGCGACGAGGACGCCAGCGAGCUGGCGGACGACUCGCCGGAUCGAUCCAGGGAUGCCGAGUUCCCGGACGACUCGGACGAGUCCAUCGCCGGGUUCAUAGAGGGCGAGGCGGACUACACGCCCGGGUUCGACUACCCGGCUCGGUUCCGGUCCAACUCGCUCGACUCGACCUCCCGCCGGGAGGCAGUCGCCUGGAUUCUCAAGGUGAGUGCAUACUACCGUUUUCAAGAUCUAACGCCGUACCUCGCCGUCAACUACAUGGACCGGUUCCUUGCUUCUCACCGUUUACCGCAAAAUGUGUGGGCUCUGCAACUCUUAUCAGUGGCUUCCCUGUCGCUGGCUGCAAAGAUGGAGGAGACAUUAGUGCCUACCCUUUUGGAUUUGCAGAUUGAAGGCGCCGAGUUCGUCUUCGAGCCUCGAACGAUACGAAGGAUGGAGCUGCUUGUGCUCGGCGCCUUGGGCUGGAGGCUUCGAUCUGUAACGCCCUUCACUUACAUGGAUUUUUUCGCCUGCAAACUCGAUCCAUCAGGGAAAUCUGCAACGUAUUUGAUUUCAUGUGCCUCGAGCAUUAUAUUAGCAACAUUGCAUGAUAUCGAGUUCUUGAGUCACUGCCCAUCGUCGCUUGCUGCAGCAGCCAUUAUUCGUGCAGCUGAGGAUGUUGCAGAUCUAGCUUUGAUCGAUGCAGGGAUUGCAGUGUCAUGGUGCAUUGGACUAACCGAGGAUGGGAUUGGCAACUGCUACAGAUUGAUGCGAAGAGUUGCAGAGGGUGCUAUGUUGAAGAACCCUCUGGUCAACAUGGGGUCAAGGGUCUCACCUGCUUCUCUCCCCCCUGCUAAAAGAAGAAGAAAGAUGAGCAUAGGUGGGAGGAUAAGCUAAGCUUUCUUAUUGGUCUUUGUUCAGAUUCCUCAGUAUUUAGAGAGGAGAUUAGGUUUUAUUCAACAGUGUGUGUAGGAUUUGGCUAUUUGUGAAAGCCAUGAUUGAAUGCAGAGAGUUGCAGAUUCCCAAUGGAGGGGGAUCUGCCAUUC